GUGGGAGCGCACUCAGGAGCCCAGAGUGGCAAGGCUGGCACCAAGCCGCUGAGCCUAGAAGCUGACCCGUGUCCAGAGCAGAAGCCAGGGGCAGAGUUGGGACCACUUACUCCAUGACUGGGAGAGAGGAGGCAAAGGCCAGAGGGGACAAAGACAGCCACCAGGCUCUCAAGUGGGCUCUCUGUGCUGGGCGUCAAAGCCAGUCCAGAAGGCAGGAAAGAGAUGGAGGGCAGUGAACUAUUUUGGUGCUUGUGUUUAAGGACUUUUUAUAGCCUCUCUACCCAGAGGAGGAGGGGACAGAGGGCACACAUGAGGUCAGACAAGCUCAGUGCCCUCCUGGGACUUUGGAAUCUGACCCCGUGACCCCACACAGUCCUUGGGAGAAGGGAAGGGACACUGUCAGGCUGUCCUGGAUGGCUAGAUCUUCAUGUCUCCGGACAGGUUUACACAGACUUACUAGAUGGGAGAGGUGCUGGUAAACUAAACAGGUUGAACUGGGAGGGAGAGUUGUCAGGGUCUCUAUCCCAGAGGGGCUUCUUGGCUGGGGGUGUCUUGAGGAUCCCAUCCUUGCCUAGACUGUUCUUUUGUUGUCUCCAGAUUCAAGGUCCCCUCCUGCCCAGCACCGGCACCCAUGUGUCCCUCUCAGGAGACUGGGGGAUGGGAGGCCAGGAGAUAGGGGCAGGGUGGGGAUAUGCUGGGCCACGUGGGUGGCCUAUUCUGUGAGCUGCCAAGGAAACUGGCAGCUCUUGAUUUACAACCCUUCCUGCCCCUUUCCCCAGGACAAGGACAGUGGAGACGGGUCAGAGGUCUCCAGAUGAGAAGGGGGCAGAAAUCUACCCUGAGGGCAGAUUUCUGGGCUUUGUGGGUUGCUGGGGAGAAUCAGUAGAAGGAACUUUUUAGUGAGGCUUACUUGAUUUUUUUUUUUUAGAAGCACAGGAACAGAGACAAUGCAAGUGAAGGACCCUAUCUUAACUAGUGCUGGACACUAGGACUCUGGCCUAAUACUCAGAGGGACCUGAGGAGCCCCUUCCUCUCUCUCUAAGCCCAAUUCCUGGCCUAAGGAAUGGAAAUGUUAGAGCUGGACGGGGUGAUGUUUACAGUUGAUUUUUUUGGAGUCCUCUUGGCAGGGGCACGGAGUGGCUGCCAGUAGCUGGCUGACAGGACCAGGGGACCACCUCCCUCUCCUUCCUGGACAGCCCUGCUUGGGCCUGGGCAGGGCAGUUGGCUGCAGUUACUGGAGGCUUCUAACCUGUGGUUAUGUCUCUGACCUCGGUGCUUGGGGCGGGAAGGGUGGGCCGCAUGAGAGCUAGCUUGUGGCCAGGGAGCCUCCUUGUCUUGGGCUUAAAGCUACUGGGUUGGGAAGAGGUAUUUUUUCCGGUUAAGGCCACUUUGGGGAAUUGGGCUGGAACCUGCCUGCUUUCCCUUUCCAAGUGUCCUGCUUGCAAAGCCCUGUGGACCACAGAGGCACGCUCAAAGGGGCUCAUGUUUCUGAGUGACCAGAGAGCCCCCAACCAAAGUCUCUAAAUGGACAGGGAGGUUAGCCUGGGUCUCUUUCCGCUCCCAGAUCUGGCACUCGACCUAAGCAGAUCGGGAAGAGGUGGUCAGCUGAUCCUGUACCCAGACUCCAGGAAAUCCCCGCCAAUUGUCCUGGGCUCCUCCCCUGGCCGGGUCCCUGCGGCGCUCUAUGGGGCACUGUCCUGCCCAGCUCUGCUAAGAUGCCCCUGGCUUCUCCCUCCACCCAGUCCGGAGGACGGACCCCCAGCGCCGUGGAGAGGCUGGAGGCCGACAAGGCCAAGUAUGUCAAGACACAUCAGGUGAUCGUCAGACGCCAAGAGCCAGCCCUCCGCGGGGGCCCCGGGCCGCUCACCCCGCACCCCUGCAAUGAACUCGGGCGCCCCGCUUCUCCCCGGACGCCGGGGCCCGCCCGCCGGGGCAGCGGCCGGAGGCAGCCCAGGCCCGAUUCGCUCAUCUUCUACCGCCAGAAGCGAGACUGCAAGGCCUCGGUGAACAAAGAGAACGCCAAGGGCCAGGGGCUGGUGCGGCGCCUCUUCCUGGGCGCCUCCCGGGACGCCGCCCCCAGCAGCCCCGGCCCGGCGGAGCGGCCGGCCGCCGCCGCCGCCCCCGGGGGCUGGGCCGCGUCCCCGGACACGCCCGAGGCCGCCCGCAAGCGGGCGCUGUGCCCCUCGUGCUCGCUGCCGCUCUCGGAGAAGGAGCGCUUCUUCAACUACUGCGGCCUGGAGCGCGCGCUGGUGGAGGUGCUGGGCGCCGAGCGCUUCUCCCCGCAGAGCUGGGGCGCCGAGGCCGCGGGGCCCGCGCCGCCGCCCCCCGCCGCCGGGGACACCAGCGACUGGACUUCCAGCGACGGCGACACGGCCGGCGCCCCGGACGGCGCGGGGGGCGGCGGCGGCUCGGAGGCGGCCGGCUCCGCGCGGGACGGGCGGCCCGCCGUGUCGGUGGUGGAGCGCAACGCGCGCGUCAUCCAGUGGCUGUACGGCUGCCAGCGCGCCCGGGCCCCGCCGAGGGAGUCCGAGGUGUGACGGGAGAGCUCCCCCGGAGCGCGGGGCUGGA